GAUCCACCGUUGAACGAGCCCCUGGGACAGAUUGUGUAUGAUAGGGGCCAAGCUUCGAAUCUUCUACUUCUUCCUCAAUUUUCUCUUGACUUUUGCUUGUGCUUGGUGAUUCUCGUUGCAUGGCUGGCUGUGGUGCUGUUGUAGGCUUGUAUUUUCCUCCGAAUCCUCCGCGCAACGCCAAGGGCUGCCAUCUCGUUUUCUACAGCACGCCCUCCGACUGCAGCUGAGAUCACCAGCGAAGCCAAUCUUGAACAUGUCCUUCUUCACGUCGCUCCUGGGCUAUGCCGCGCCCAUAUUUCUGAUCCUGUCCCCCAUUCUGUCGUACAGCGAUCAGGCGCUGUCGAUGCACCGGACGCGGUCGAGUGCGGGCUUCUCUCUCGACAUCCCGUUGAUCAUGCUUGUGGCGUCUAUUCUCAGGAUAUUCUACUAUCCGGGCGCACGCUUCGACACUGCCCUCCUCGUCCAGUCGUUCUGCAUGAUCUUUAUACAAGCCAUCUUGCUCAAGAUCGCCCUCGACAACCGACCUGGUCCCGCUUCGAAGGGCGGAGAUGCCGCGACUCCUUUCUCGGGUGGCGCCUCGGAUGGGCUAUUGGGAGGAAAGAGGCCGUAUAACUUCUGGCAAUGGCGCAGCCCGAAACCGUACUGGCAGUUCCUGCUGUACUUGUUCAUCACCUUGACCGUUCUCGAGCUCAUGCUGGCGCCGUUCGGCUACAUAUACCCGGGGUACUCGGCGCUCAUUGGAUACAUGGGACUUUCGAUCGAGGCGACGUUGCCGCUACCCCAAUUGUUCGCCAACGCGCGAUCGCGGUCGUGCAAAGGGUUCCGUCUCUCGGUUUUGGCUAGCUGGCUGCUCGGAGAUGCGAUGAAGAUGUUUUGGUUCUUCACCUCUAUGACGGCAAUACCCUGGGCCUUCAAGCUGUGCGGCAUUUUCCAAGCAUGCUGUGACUCGCUUCUCGGGAUUCAAUACUUGAUGUUUGGAGAGAAGGAGGUUGCCACGAGGGUGCAGCAGUGGCCCUAUGCCGGCAUCAAGCCUCAUCUCCCGAGGAUGUCUAACGGGAUGCGGACACCUACAGGCAGGAUGACUCCGAUUGGGGAGAAGACGUAUUAAUUCCAAGUCGUCUGUUGGUUCUAAUCGAUCUAUGAUCUGUAUUAUCAUGCCAUGUGAAAUCCGAACUCCACUUUCCUACUGUGCGAAUAAAGGCCAAUUCAAUCUCUACUCGAGGAAGUAUGCAUCGUCGAUCUGGAAAUUAUAUUAAUGCUGCAAGUUGCCGUGUGGUUGUGUCCAAUCUUUGGUGUGACUGGAAGAAGUUGGG